CUCGAAAAACAAAAACCCAAAAAAAUAAAAAAAUAAAUAAAAAUUAAAAAAAUAGAGGGGGAGCCUUGUAACCACCAGAGUCCGCCCAAUGGAACCGAGGGUCCCUCCCCUGUCCCGAAGCCUCCUAUGGCUCCCAUGUCCUGGGGACAGACUCCGGGGACCUUCCCCUAGGGCUUCUCCAGAAGGCGGGCCUGGGCCACUCGCCUGGCUGCAGCCUCCCCCGCGAGGGAGGGCGGCGACCCCUCCCCUGCUCGGUGCCCAGCGCCCUCCCUCCUCCUCCUCCUCCUCAUCCGGGCACAGCUCUGGGGAGGGCGAGCGCAAGGCUCUGGAGUGGUGACUGCGCAGGGAGCCGGGAAGGCGGGGACAGGGGCGCGCGGUAUAAGAGUGGCCGCUGGCACAGGAGCCGCGCCCCAGCCCCCUGCGCCGCCGGCAGCAGAGCCCCGGGCGCCGGCACCCCGGGAGGGCGGCCCCGAGGAGGAGAGGAGGAGGAGGAGCGGGGUCCUUCCUCAGUCCCCGCAGUCCGGGGACUCAACCCGCGAAGGCUGCCUGGAGGAGGAGGGCGGCCGGGCAUGGCUACCGAGGCGCCCUUGGGUCCCAACGCGACCUGGUGGGCUCCGGCCAACGCGUCGGGAUGCCCAGGGUGCGGUGCCAACGCCUCGGACGGCCCGGGCGCGGCGCCCCGGCCCCUGGAUGCCUGGCUGGUCCCCCUGUUCUUCGCCGCGCUCAUGUUGCUCGGGCUGGUGGGGAACUCGCUGGUCAUCUACGUCAUCUGCCGCCACAAGCACAUGCGGACGGUGACCAACUUCUACAUCGCCAACCUGGCGGCCACCGACGUCACCUUCCUGCUGUGCUGCGUCCCCUUCACGGCGCUGCUCUAUCCGCUGCCCGCCUGGGUGCUGGGAGACUUCAUGUGCAAAUUCGUCAACUACAUCCAGCAGGUGUCAGUGCAAGCCACGUGCGCCACCCUGACGGCCAUGAGCGUGGACCGCUGGUACGUGACUGUCUUCCCGCUGCGCGCCCUGCACCGCCGCACUCCGCGCCUGGCCCUGGCCGUCAGCCUCAGCAUCUGGGUGGGUUCUGCAGCCGUGUCCGCCCCGGUGCUGGCCCUGCACCGCCUGUCGCAGGGGCCUCGCACCUACUGCAGCGAGGCCUUUCCCAGCCGCGCCCUGGAGCGCGCCUUCGCCCUCUACAACCUGCUGGCUCUCUACCUGCUGCCCCUGCUCGCUACCUGCGCCUGCUACGGUGCCAUGCUGCGCCACCUGGGCCGAGCUGCCGUGCGCCCCGCGCCCACUGACGGCGCCCUGCAGGGACGGCUGCUGGCACAGCGCGCCGGAGCGGUGCGCACCAAGGUCUCCCGGCUGGUGGCCGCUGUGGUCCUGCUCUUCGCCGCCUGCUGGGGCCCGAUCCAGUUGUUCCUGGUGCUCCAAGCCCUGGGCCCCGCGGGGGCCUGGCACCCUCGCAGCUACGCCGCCUACGCGCUCAAGAUCUGGGCUCACUGCAUGUCCUACAGCAACUCGGCACUCAAUCCGCUGCUCUACGCCUUCCUGGGCUCACACUUCAGACAGGCCUUCUGCCGAGUGUGCCCGUGCGGCCCCCGACGACGCCAGCGCCGGCCCCACGGCUCUGCCCUCUCCGACCGAGCCCCGACCCACACCGCGCCGCGCUGCCUGGCCCGGCAACAGGCUGGCGUCAGGACGCCCGAGCCUGGGAACCCUGCCGCGCGCUCGCCCUGCGUCCUGCGUGAACAAGCUGCUCCACGCUGAGCUAAACCCUCCGGGGACAAUCCAGCCCGUGUUCAGUCGUUAAUGGCGUAGUUUGUGUCCCUGGUAACCCGUGUAAACCGCCUUCUCUUCUUCGGGUCGGCGCCGUGGGCCGUGGUUCUUGCUGUGGUUGUGAUACUACUCUGUACUCGACAGCGUUUGAAGAUUAAUGUCCCCACUUUCCGCAUCUACUUCAGGACUUUGUGCUUAUUAGGCAAGUGCUGGACCACUAAGCUAAAUACCAGCCUCUUUUUCCUUUCCCCUACCCAUUGUAAAACAGGGUCGCAAGUAGCCCAGGCUGGCCUCCAACUCUGUGUGUAGGUAAGGCUGACCCUGAUCCUCUGGCCAUGACCUUGGGACCUAAGCCACCAAGCCCAGCUUUCUUUUUCUAUUUUGAGACAAGGUCCUAACAUCAGAAAAAAUAAAAAAUA